CAUGUUUGUAUUCAAGAAAAAAGAACUGUUUUUUUUUAUUCAGUUCGGUAGACUGCCGGCCAAACCCACCAAAAUCUGCAGAUCUACUUCUUUCUUUCUACAGUACUUCCCCCCACUUCAACCCAAAUUCUAGGGUUUUACUUUCACCACCAAACUAAUUCAUUCAAAUUGAAGAUACCAAGUGUUCAAAAUCAGUGUCUGUUUAUCCAAUUUGGUGUUUCACUACCCUAAUUCUGUUUCCCUUUUUGGUUUCUCGCAACAAUGCAGAGCUCUUCAACGAGCUCUGUAGCGCAACCAGAUGCCAUAUUAGAUUGGCUUCAGAAGGAAAUGGGAUAUAGACCACUAGGUCCUUACAUUGCUUCAAGUAAAGCAUCAAUGCCUUCAUCUGAUGCAAUUCGUAGGGUUUGCCGUGGGAAUAUGAUUCCUGUUUGGAGUUUUUUACUGAACAGGGUUAAAUCUGAGAAGACGGUUGAUAAUAUCCGGCGCAACAUACUUGUUCACGGCGGAAAGGAAAACGCAAACGCUGCCUCCGGUGCUGAUGGUGGUGUAGAGACGGCGAAAAGUGGUGAGUCUGGACGACGGAGUAGAGGAGGAAGGAGGAAGGAGAAAGUAGCAGGGAGUUCCAUUGUUGGGGAGAGUAAUAGUCGAGAGACAGCUUUGCAGGAGAGAGAAUCGGCGGAGAAGGAGGUGGAGAGGUUGAGGCAUAUGGUGAGACGCCAGCGGAAGGAGUUGAAAGCUCGAAUGUUGGAGGUUUCUCGUGAAGAGGCUGAACGCAAACGAAUGCUUGAUGAACGAUCGAAUUACAGGCAUAAACAGGUGAUGUUGGAUGCUUAUGAUCAACAAUGUGAUGAAGCAGCGAUGAUAUUUUCUGAAUACCAUAAGCGACUUCGCCUCUAUGUUAAUCAAGUCAAGAAUGCUCAGAGACUAGACACAGAUUCUUCCAUGGAAGUUGUCACAAGCUUCCAAAUGAACAACGAAAAAGAAGACGUUUAUUCCACUGUAAAAGGGUCAAAACCUGCAGACGAUGUAAUUCUAAUUGAAACAAACAGAGAAAGAAACAUCCGCAAGGCAUGUGAAUCUCUCGCAGUACAAAUGAUUGACAAGAUUCGCUCAUCUUUUCCUGCAUACGAAGGAAAUGGUAUCCAUCAAAAUCCUCAAAUGGAAGCUGCAAAAUUAGGUGUCGAUGUUGAUGGAGAUAUACCCAAUGAAGUGCUAGAUGUAAUUAUCAAUUGUCUGAAAAGCCCUCAGCACUUACUUCUUGCCAUAACCACUUACACACACAGGUUGAAAUCAUUAAUCACAAAAGAAAUAGAGAAAAUCGACAUUAGAGCUGAUGCAGAUAUGUUAAGAUACAAAUAUGAAAACAAUAGAGUAAUGCAUGAUUCUUCUCCUGAUGUAAACUCACCAUUACCCUUUCAAGUUUAUGGAAAUGGGAAACUUGGAGUUGAUAUGCCUUCAAAAGGAACUCAAAAUCAACUUCUUGAAAGACAGAAAGCACAUGUUCAACAAUUUGUUGCUACAGAAGAUGAACUCAAUAAAGCUGCAGAAGCUAGAAGCAUGUGUCAAAAGCUUUUGAAACGUUUAUAUGGAAGUGUUGACUUUGACCCUUCACAUUCUCUUAAUGUUGGAGGAACCUCUCAAACCAUGAGUAGUCUCAGACAAUUAGAGCUGGAGGUUUGGGAGAAAGAAAGAGAAGCUUCUGGAUUGAAAGCAAGUUUGACAACAUUAAUGUCUGAAGUACAAAGAUUAAACAUGUUAUGUGAAGAAAGAAAGGAAGCUGAAGAUUCUUUAAAGAAAAAAUGGAAGAAAAUCGAAGAGUUUGAUGCUAGAAGAUUGGAGCUGAAAUCCAUCUACAGUGCUCUACUUAAAGCAAACAAUGAUGCUGCUGCAUUUUGGAGUAAACAGCCGUUAGCUGCAAGAGACUAUGCAUCGAGUACGAUUAUUCCAGCUUGUAAAGUUGUGAUGGAGAUAUCAAAUGCUGCGAAAGAUUUGAUUGAUCAAGAAGUUUCGGCUUUUUAUAGAAAUCCCGAUAAUACCCUUUACAUGCUUCCAUCAACCCCACAAGCGCUGUUGGAGUCAAUGGGUGGCUCUACUGGACCUGAUGCUCUCAUUGCUGCAGAAAAGAAUGCUGCCCUUUUGACUGCCCGGGCAGGUGCCCGAGACCCCUCUGCGAUUCCUUCCAUUUGUCGUGUUUCUGCCGCCCUUCAAUAUCCUGCAGGGUUGGAAGGUUCGGAUGCCGGCUUAGCAUCGGUGUUGGAAUCAAUGGAAUUCUGUUUGAAAUUGCGGGGUUCGGAAGCUUGUGUUUUGGAGGACUUAGCAAAAGCUAUCAAUCUGGUGCAUAUCAGGAGGGAUCUUGUGGAAAGUGGUCAUGCAUUACUAAACCAUGCUUAUCACAAUCAACAAGAAUAUGAAAGGACAACAAGCUAUUGUCUAGAUUUGGCUUCUGAACAAGAGAAGACGAUUAUGGAAAAGUGGUUGCCCGAGUUAAGGAAUGGAGUUGUGAAUGCUCAGAAGAGUCUUGAAGAUUGUAAAUACGUGUCUGGAUUGUUGGAAGAGUGGUGGGAACAACCGGGAUCAACGGUUGUUGAUUGGGUGACGGUUGAUGGGCAAAAUGUGGCGGCUUGGAAUAAUCAUGUGAAACAACUUCUUGCUUUUUAUGACAAGGAACUUUUGUGAGUGUUUGUUUAUUUUUAUUUAGUUGUGUAUAUAUAUUAUAUUAUAGAUUGUGUAUGUUUUUUAUUAUUUUAAUGUUUUAGGAAGGGAUUUGAAUGUUAGGUUUAGAUGUGUGGGUUGUAUUUUACUUGUAAUGUGUGAUUUGUGUUUUAUUAAGAAGGAAAAUAGAAAAUCUUGUAUUGUUUUUCUUUAA